GACUAUCACCGUAUUGCGCAACAGAUAUUGAAAGAUUUGGACACAAAUACAAACGGCAAGUUAUCGGUGGCCGAGAUGACAGCGCAUAACAAGGAUCCGCAGUACGUACAUUUCGUGUUAAAAAUCUUUCAAAAGUACGACAUAAACGGCGACAAAGAGUUGGAUGUGAACGAACUCCGAACGUAUUUGGAAAACGAAUGUCGUGUUAAAAUCUUUCGAGAAUUGGCAGUUCUGGUCGUAGAACUUCAAGCGGCGGAGUGCACUAGGACUAAGCUGACGAACGGAACUGAAGAAGUCAGCUAUAGGGAAUACACACGGAUCGCUCAAUCGUUGCUUGAGGCACUGGACACAGAUAAAAAUGAGAAAAUCUCUGUGAAUGAACUGAUGGAACUGACGGAUUGUGAGGAGUUUCGCUCCUCGUUGAAAGAGCUAAUUCGGAAGUACGAUACGAAUGGUGACGGAGAGUUAGAUGUGAAUGAACUACGCCGUUGGAUCCAGUCAGAAAUGGUUGUGGUUGUGAAAGGUCAGAUGCCAAUGUGA